AGAUAAAGCAGACGGUACAAGGAAGCUCCGUACCUUCUUCUCUGCUACGAAAACAGAAGAAGAGUAGCCCUAGAUCGCUUGGGCCGAGAAAUCUCCGAAGUUCAGUGCUUGGUGGCUUUUCUUUGUGGACUUGGUGUAAUAUUUGAUGGCUUCAAAACGGAUCCAGAAGGAGUUGAAGGACCUGCAGAAGGACCCUCCUACUUCUUGUAGUGCUGGGCCUGUUGCUGAGGACAUGUUCCACUGGCAAGCAACAAUUAUGGGCCCAGCAGACAGCCCAUUUGCUGGGGGUGUGUUUCUCGUAACCAUUCACUUCCCCCCAGAUUACCCUUUCAAGCCCCCCAAGGUUGCUUUCCGUACCAAAGUUUUCCAUCCCAACAUCAACAGCAACGGGAGUAUCUGCCUCGACAUUCUCAAAGAGCAGUGGAGCCCAGCACUUACAAUAUCCAAGGUGCUGCUAUCAAUCUGCUCACUUCUUACCGAUCCAAAUCCUGAUGAUCCCUUGGUGCCAGAGAUUGCUCACAUGUACAAGACUGACAGAGCAAAAUAUGAGUCAACUGCUCGGGCUUGGACCCAAAAAUAUGCCAUGGGAUAGAACCCUUGGAGUUCACUGGCUUAUUUUCUAUUAGUAAAUAAGGGGGAAAAUGAUAGGAUGUCUAAAGAUUGUGAACUUAGCUUUUAUAAUUUAAGAUGGUUCUGGUUGGACUUGGUGUGUGAAUUUACUGUGAAUUGCGAUAAGUUACUCGUAUAUGGUCUAUAUAAGCUUAUGGUUCUGGGUCC